UAUAUUAAACCCUAAAACCCACUCUGCCAACCGAGGUCUCGACGACGAAUGCUAUGUUCUCAAGUCUGGUGGCGGUUAUCGUCCCCUCUCCGCUCUCCUUCGCCGCUUAACGCUACGCUCCGUCUAUACUCGUCGUUGUUUUCGCCUUCAGCGAUGGGCAAAAAGGUCAAUGCCCUGCCGGACUCCGGCCCCGACCACCCAAAGGAUGAGGCCUAUCUCCAAUCCAUCAUUCCCAAACGCAUCGCGCUCUUUGAGUCCAUCAAGGCUCAGCAACUCGCUCACCUCCAAUCCAUUUCCGGCGAUCCGAUCAAGAUAACUCUGCCGGACGGGACCGUGAAGGACGGUAAGAAAUGGGCGUCGACUCCGCUGGAUAUCGCGAAAGAGAUUUCCAAGAGUUUGGCGGCAAAUUCGCUGAUUUCGAAGGUCAAUGGAGUGCUUUGGGACAUGUCGAGGCCGCUUGAAGGUGACUGCGAGCUCAAAUUAUUCACUUUUGACAGUGAUGAAGGCCGCGACACCUUGUGGCACUCGAGCGCUCACAUUCUUGGGCAGUCACUGGAGAUGCAAUACGGGUGCAAGUUGUGCAUUGGGCCGUGUACUACACGAGGGGAGGGAUUCUAUUAUGAUGCCUUUUAUGGUGACCUGGGUUUAAACGAGGAUCACUUCAAAAGGAUUGAUUCUGGGGCAGCAAAAGCUGUUGGGGAAAAACAACCUUUUGAGCGCAUUGAAGUUACAAGGCAGCAGGCUCUGGAGAUUUUCUCUGAAAAUAAAUUCAAGAUUGAAAUCAUUAAUGAAUUGCCUGAAGACAAAACUAUCACAGUAUAUAGAUGUGGUCCAUUGGUAGAUUUGUGCCGUGGGCCCCAUAUACCAAAUACAUCUUUUGUAAAAGCAUUGGCUUGCUUAAAGGCUUCAUCAGCAUAUUGGAGGGGAAAUAAAGAUCGUGAAAGUUUACAAAGAGUGUAUGGGAUAUCAUUUCCUGAUCAAAAACGAUUGAAGGAGUACCUUGUCAGACUUGAAGAGUUAAAGAAAUAUGACCACAGAGAGCUUGGAAAGAAUCAGGAACUUUUCUUUUUUCACCCACUUAGUCCGGGAAGCUGUGUCUUCCUUCCAUAUGGUGCUCGUAUAUACAACAAAUUGGUGGAAUUUAUACGAGGUCAAUACUGGAAGAGAGGAUACCAAGAGGUUGUGACACCAAAUAUCUACAACAUGCAACUCUGGGAAACAUCUGGUCAUGCUGCAAACUAUAGGGAGAAUAUGUUCUUAUUGGAGAUUGAAAAGCAAGAGUUUGGACUUAAGCCAAUGAACUGCCCAGGGCACUGUUUAAUAUUUGAUCAUAGAGUUCGCUCAUACAGGGAGCUUCCUCUUCGCCUUGCUGAUUUUGGGGUUUUACAUCGGAAUGAGGCAAGUGGUGCACUUAGUGGGUUAACUCGUGUCAGGAGAUUUCAGCAGGAUGAUGCUCACAUCUUCUGCAGGGAGUCUCAGAUAAAAGAUGAAGUCAAGAGUGCAUUAGAAUUCAUCAAUCACACCUACGAGAUAUUUGGAUUCACUUUUGACUUGAAGCUGUCAACGAGGCCAGAGAAAUAUCUUGGAGACUUACCGACAUGGGAGAAAGCGGAGGCAGCUCUUGCGGAAGCAUUGAAUGAAUUUGGGAAACCCUGGGAGAUAAAUGAAGCUGACGGAGCAUUUUAUGGGCCAAAAAUUGAUAUUAGUGUUUCUGAUGCACUGAAUAGGAAAUUCCAAUGUGCAACUUUACAGUUGGACUUCCAACUUCCUUCUCGUUUCAAUUUAUCAUACUCGGCAGAAGAUGAAGCUAAGAAGGAGAGACCUGUUAUGAUACACAGAGCUAUUCUAGGUUCUGUUGAGCGUAUGCUUGCUAUACUUUUGGAGCAUUAUAAGGGCAAAUGGCCUUUCUGGCUUAGUCCACGUCAAGCAAUUGUGUGCCCUGUUUCAGAGAAAUCAGAGUCAUAUGCAAUGCAGGUAAAGGACCAGAUCCAUGAAGCUGGUUUUUAUGUUGAUGUUGAUACAACUGACAGAACAAUUCAGAAAAAGGUACGAGAAGCGCAGUUAGCACAAUACAAUUUCAUAUUAGUCGUUGGCGAGGAGGAAAUGAAAACGGGACAGGUAAGCUUGCGAGUGAGAGACGUGAAAGACAAAGCAGAUAUCUCAGUCAUGAGUGUCGAAAACCUGCUCAAAUUCUUCAGGGAUGAAGCUGCAGCUUUCCGGUAGGAGACAGGUCGACGGAGGGAUGGUGUCAUUAAACGCAACCUUUUAGGUGAUUGUUGUAGGACUUAUUAAUUAAUCCACUACUCAGCCAACUAAUACAUCUAUUCCUCUCUUUCUCCCCAUUAUUUGAGUACCAAUAUACUCAUGUUUUGUUAAAUUUUCUCCAGUUAUAAUCAUCAAGUUCAAUAGACUCACUCCCUAGAUUCUUGC